UCCAGCUUGGCCAGCGCUCACCAUGAGGCCCCUCGUCCUGCUGUGGGGCUGCCUCGUGCUCCCAGGUUAUGAAGCCCUGGAGGGCCCGAAGGAGGUCAGCGGCUUUGAAGGUGACACCGUGUCCCUGCAGUGCACCUACGGGGAAGAGCUGAAGAAGUACAGGAAAUACUGGUGCAGGGAGAGCGGGUUCUUGAUCUCCCGCUGCUCUGGGACUGUCUACUCUGGAGAAUAUGGCCAGGAAGGCAGGGUGUCCGUCCACGACAACCCCCGGCAGCUCAGGUUUGAGGUCACCCUGAGGAACCUCACCCUGAAGGACGUGGGGCAGUACUGGUGUGGGGCCAAAAGAGUGGGCUUCGAUAAGACUUUCUCGGUUUCUUUGCUCGUCUUUCCAGGGAUCUCCCGCCAAGCCACACGGCUAGACUCUACCUCCACAGAGGACACCAGUUUUGUCCCCAUCAGAAGCAGCUCCAAGACCAGGGUGUCCGUCCCAAUGACCCGCAUGUUGGCCCCAGUCCUGGUGCUGCUGGCCCUUCUGCUGGCCACAGGCCUGGCCUCCCUCGGCAGCUACAUGCUCCAAUGGAGGAAGAAAGCUCAACUGGCCACGGAGACACAGAGGAAGGAGAAGGUCCAUCUCUCCCACUUGCCACUGGGGAACAGCGGGGUCCCAGAGUAUGCUGUGAUCAACCUUGCAGGGCCCACUGGGCCUCCUGCCAGCCCCAACGUGGAGAUCCGGUGCCUGAGCCAGACUUCAAAGGAAGACGAAGCCUCGUGGCAGACCCCUGAGGGAGACAUGACCCCAGGCCCUCCCCUCCCCGUGUCUGGGGACGAGCCAGACUUUUCUAAGUUCAUCUCAGUCUAGCUGCCUAACGCCCUCCGUGAAUCUCUGGAAGGGCUGAAUUUGCGCUGACUCGGAUAAGUUUUCUGCUACGGCUUCAGAGUCCUCCUGCCAGAGUCCAGGGCUCUCCUCCACCCUCCCCAAGCUUUCCUCUUGCAUGCCCCAGCUGACCCGGAACGCUUCGUCAGCGCUGGAGCCUGGAGUGGUAGCUUCACGGUUCCAGCUGGAGACGGGGACCUCCCCAAGAUGAUCACAUUCCUGGGCAAAGCGUGCAGCCACUGGACCCUCAAGGGGCCAGGCAGGGCUCAGGGGGUCUGGUCCGAGUUUGUAUCUGCUACAGGAGCUCCUCUGGGCCUGGGUGCCGAGCCACGGGCCGCUCCUAACUCCCCCUCCAGACCCCGCCUUCUCUUUCCUUCCUUCCAUCCUCAGACGCAAGGUCAAGUUCUCCUACAUAAGCUGGUGAGGAGGAGGGAGACUGCUGGGUUAGACGGGAUUCUGAUUUCUCAAAGCCGGGCUGGGAACCUCCUGCAUCCCAGUCCUUCAGGAAGCUGGUUAAAAAGAUAAUUCCUGGGCCCCAUCAAGAACUACUAAAACGGAACUUCCCUGGUGGUGCAGUGGUUAAGAAUCUGCCUGCCAACACAGGGGACACAGGUUAGAUCCCUGGUCCGGGAAGAUCCCGCAUG